CAUGUGCACCCUAAUUUGUAAAUUUAAAAAAUGAAAAUAAAUAAUAAAUAAUCAUAUUAUGUGCGUAAGGCAACCGCUCGUGACCGUGGUGCGUGCUGGACGCCACUGCUAUACCAGCGGACUGAAGUUGCAGCAGCUUUUGGCGAAGUCUGCACAAAACCUGGACGAUUUCGCUGAAUUUCGCAAUUAUAUUGUUCUCCAGGAGCACGAUCCUGUAUACACAAUAGGCAUUCGGACCAAGAACUAUACAAAAGAGGACGAAAAUCGGCUGCGAAAACUGGGAGCAGAGUUCCAUCGUACGGAUCGUGGGGGUUUGAUCACGUUCCAUGGACCUGGCCAGCUGGUGGCGUACCCCAUACUGCACCUGCGGCAAUUCAAGCCGAGCAUCCGCUGGUAUGUAGCCUCCCUGGAGCGCACGGUGAUAGAGACAUGUCGGCAGCUUGGUAUUCCAGAUGCUACGACUACCCAGGACACAGGCAUUUGGGUGGGCGACCACAAGAUUUGUGCCAUUGGCGUGCACGGCUCUCGUUAUGUCACCACCCAUGGAAUUGGCUUGAAUUGCUGUACUGAUCUGAAAUGGUUUGAACACAUCAUCCCCUGUGGUAUCGAGGGCAAAGGUGUAACCUCUCUCAGCAAACAGCUCGGCAGGCAUAUCGGCAUCCCGGAGGCCACUAACGCCUUUCUCAGCAGUUUUGCCAACAUUUUCAAGUGUCGUCUAGCGGAGCAGGCAGAUGCAGUGACACGGAACACAAAUUAACAGAAUGUGAUACAAAUAAAAAAGAAAAAAUAUCUCAUAAAA